AUGGCAAGCGCAGACGUAGAGACCGUGGACUUCGAUUUUCAAGAAGACGAUCUCAUGGACGAGGAAGGAGCCGCCGACGCCGAGCCCUCGGCGUCCCCUAGGGCCCCACAACCCAAGCUCAAGUCCGCAAUCACCGGCGUCGGCGCGUCCGCCUCCCCCGCCGCCCCUAAAAAGACUAAAGGUCGCGGAUUUCGUGAAGAUCUCAAUGCCGACCGCAACAACCGCCUCGCUGCCUCCGACUUCGACUCCCUAAACUCCUCAGACGGCCUCGAACCCCAACGAUCCGUUGAGGGAUGGAUUAUUCUGGUCACUGGGGUACAUGAGGAAGCCCAAGAGGAUCAUCUACAUAAUGCAUUUGGUGAAUUUGGAGAGAUAAAAAAUUUGCAUUUAAAUCUUGAUCGCCGCACUGGGUUUGUGAAGGGAUAUGCGCUGAUUGAAUAUGAGAGUUUUGAAGAGGCACAAGCUGCGAUAUCUGGAAUGAAUGAAGCUGCAUUACUUACACAGAUUCUUAAUGUUGAUUGGGCCUUCAGCAAUGGAUCCUUCCUUGAUGGAUCCAGGAAGAAGACCACAAGACCUCUACGAGAACGUCGUUCGAGGAGCCCCCCUAGGAGGAGAUACUAA